GCAAUUGGAUGUAUUAAGACAAUGGUGAACAAAGCAUGUAGUUCUCAUAAGUAUUGUGCUGAACAAUCGCAAAAUUUUAACAGACAUUCUGUGAAAGCAGCAGCAUGUGCAUAUUCAACUAAGGAUUGCGAUCUCUUGAACAGCAUUAAAAAUUCAAAUAGAUCUCGCAGCCCAUCACCACCUCCACUAUCACCUGUACAGAGUAAAGAAUUUGAAUCAUCGGAAGGAUCAGUUAUAGAUUUUCCAACUUUAGACAAUAAUAAGCUUGAAAUAUCCAUCAACCAGCCUCCAUCCCUCUUGCCAGCUGAAGGAAGCAAAGGAGAAUUUGAAUAUGAAGGUAAAACACGCAGAAGAAGAGAGGCAGAAUGUUCAGAUGAAAUACUGCUAUCAACAGACCAAGAAAACAACAACUAUUAUAUAAAUUCUGAGAAGGCUGAACAUUCUGCCAUUUUUCAAGAUUUAAUGGACCGUAUUAAUGAGAAGUUAAAAUCAAUAGACACUACAGAUAUAGCAACAAAUCUGGUAAAACUUAAUAGCAGUGACAGGGCACCAGAAAAUGAUGUCAAAUUAGGAGACUUCAUAACCUCUCUUUUGCAUAAUGCUAAAGCAAGUGAUUACAGCUUUAUGGAAUUACUUCGACAACAUGAUAAACAAAUGGAAAAUAAAAUUAUCCAAACAAGAUUCCGCAAGCGUCAGGAAACUUUAUUUGCAAUGUAUAAUUCUCCUGAUUCACCAUUCAUUCGACGACAGUCUUUGCAAAUCAAGAGGGAGCUUGCAAGCCUUGAUGAAACUCUUGAUGAGAGUAAUGGAAUUUCAGGCAGAAUUAAACGUAACAUUGUGCCUCCUGGAUGGUACUCUGUGUAUGUAACGAACAAUAUUGUGUUUAGAAAGUCAUCUGAUGCAAAAAAGUCUUUAGAAAGUUUGGAAAAAAUGAAAAGAAAGAAUGAUGUUCAUGCUGAAAGGUGCAGUGACAUAAAUAUAAGCAAAAUUGUGAGAGAUACAAAUCUGCAAGUUGUUGUAGAGCGUUUAGAAGAUACAAUAAACUUAGCCAGAAAGACUAACAACUCACUGCUGGAUACUUACAAAAUAAGCCAAAAAUUAAAAGAUAAUGCUUAUGAACAGGUUAUGAACCCAGCUGCUAGAAGAGGCUUAUCGUUCACUCUGAGUGAAAUGGGAUGCACAGGACAGAGCUUCCUUUCACAUUCACAUGUGCCAAGCAUCAGUAAAACCAAAACUCUGUGUGCAACAACAAACAAACAAGAAAUGGUUAUAGAUCAAGAAAUUAAUGACAGCCUUUUGAAAUCUCUGACCUUUGAUUCAUCCGGUUCAACUUCCAGUAAUGAGGACUUGCAUACGACUACAGAAGCUGGGGAGAUCUCACCUCCCUUAAACUACUCUAGUCCUAUUAAACUUAUGUUUGUCUCAGAGGUUAAUAGUAGUGAAGGAGUCAAAUAUACUUUGACAUCUGCAGCUGCAUCUUCUAAAAGAAGCACAGAUAUUUGUUUGUUUCAGGGGCACGCAAACACUUUGUUAGACAAACAGGCCAUGGGAGAUCCUUCUCAUGCCAUCUGUGUCAAGGAUUGCAAUUACAAUGAAAAUGAUACCAAGGAGGAGUCAAGCUGUGUUUAUGCAGAAGCAAUUAUGAGCUCUUGUCCAGUUGGUCAAACUAACUUAAGUGACUCAAACCAAAAUGACGAAGUUGUGGAGAAAUCAAGCAGUAGCAGUGAAUCGGUUUUAAAAAGAAAACCUGGUAGACCAAAGAAAAUAGGUCCUCAAGUUGUAAAACAGGUUAAGAGACCUAUUGGACGGCCUCCAAAACCAAAAACUGACUCGACUGAAAGUACAGAGCGUAGACCUGAACUUAGCAGUGAUGGUAAAACUACCAAAUCUGAUGCAGCAGUAAUGGAAGAAGUUAACAGCAACAAAAAUAUUACUGUGACAGUUGUUUUUGGAAGGUCAAGAAGAACCAAGAGACACGUUUCUGAAGGUAAUCUAAAUGUAAUCAGCAUUCUGCCCACACAACACAUUGAUUCUAACUUUGCCAAUGACCACAGCAAAGCGAGGCACAAUGCAGAAACUGAAAAUGCUUUGACUGAAAUGGUAAAAGCCUUACAGAAUUCUUCUACUGAAAAUGAGGUCUCUGGUUAUGACUAUGUCAGACCUAUCAAGAGUAACCUAGCAUCACCACAUCCUUGCAGCAAUAUUAUACGUCCUAUUAAGAAACCGUUAACCACCAUUCGAAAACCUGGUAGGCCAGCAAAAGUGAAAAUCUCCGGCAUAUCAGUGACUGUUAAUAGAGUUUCACCUCAGGAAAGGAAAGUGAGUAUUAGCAAGUGCUUGCCUCCUUUACAACAGCAGAAUGUGUUAGAAAAAAACAUACCACAGGAGAGAAAAAAUCAACUGUGCAGUAACAUGGGUCAAGUAAAGAGCAUGCAGAAAGAUUCUAGAGAGGGUGGCUCAAACAAUGGUAUUACAGCAGUGUCAAGAAAACAUGAAAUGCCAUCGAGACAUUCUGCUAGAGACAGAAAACCCUCAGUGCAUUUUUUACAUUCAUUAGCAUCUCCUAGUGCAUUUACUUGUAGAAGUGCCUUACUACAUAAAUCUUACAAACUCCACUUGAAAAAAGCUAAAGAUCGAAAGGAAAAACAUAGGCAAUCAAAUCGGAGCACAGCAUCCAAAGAUACCUCAGAACUGAGAAAUUCAGGAAAUGCGAAAAAGGAUCUUGAGGAUGGUGAAUUUGGGCCUAUUAAUGAAAUAUCAUCAGAUCCCAUUUUUUCAUCAAAUCCCUCUCUCAGGUGGUGGGCUACUUCCACUUCGAGUGACACUUUGUUGGAAGAACUAAAUAAUAGAUUUGAACAGGUAACUAAUACCUGGUUGCGAGUGGGGGGAAAUGAGUUUGAUAAAUGUGUAUGUGAAAAAAGGGAUCCCAUUGAACAAGACUGUAGUACUGAAAUGUCAAACCCUUUAGACUCCUGCCUUGUAGAACUUGAAACAUCACCUAUAAAAAUGCUUUUUCAGAAAAAGUGUAAUAUGAAUGAACUCUGCACCUGGUUUAUGCAAACUACAGAAACACAGUCUCUCUCUCUAGUGAGAAAGGCAAAUGCUCGCAAUCCUUUAGAAGUAGUUAGUACUAGAGAGAUAAAGAUGGAAACUAAACAAUCUGAUCUUAGUACUUGCCCUUUCAGAAAGCACUUUAAAAAGUUUGCACUAUCCUCUCCUUCAAAACCAGCAAGGAAAUUACAAAUAUUACAUAACAUGGUGAGGUCUCCAGUCUUAAGCAUGAAAAGUAAUUUCACGUUAGCCAGAUUAAAAAGAAAUGAAUUUAAGAAGUUACAGCAUGAUAGGUGGGGACAAUCGAAAAAGCUGUAUAAUCAGGCUCCCGGAGGCUGGAGAUCAAAAAAGAAAAAUUUACAGGUUUUUUGCCAAAGUCAGUUGUUUAAAUGUACAAGUGGGGAAACCGGUGAUGAAAUGCCCAAGCUCCAGGAAAAAAAUACAGUAGAAAUCCAGCCCACUCAGACUUCGGUAGAAUCUCAGAGUAGCCUCUUGCCAACUGAAAAUGAAGCCAGAGAUGCAUUUGUUCGACAGAUGAUGGGAUCUUCUGACUUUAACCCACAUCCUGGUUUAGCAACUGUACUUAAGUCACAUGCAGAAACAAAUGGAACAAUUUGUUGCCAACAAAACGUUAGAAAAGAACAAAGCCAAGAUAAACUGUUUCAAAAUACUUGGAAAUCCAAAACUUUUAAAGAUUGUAGAAUAUUUCUGAGAAAAAUCAACCAUAUUGAGCAGCACAAUUCAUUUAAGUUAAAUAAUGUCAUUUAUUCUCCUGAAGCUGUUGAAAGUAAAAACAAUCAGGCCUAUGUGGAAGAAAAGAGACAUCCUCUUUUAAGGUCCCAUUCUACUAAGCAAAAUACAUUAAAGAAACAAGAAAACGAAAUGGAAACAUCUAAAGGAUCUAAUUCUCCUAAAGUGACUGAAAGGCUGGAUGACCAGUUUUACAGCAGAAAAUUAAGUAAUGGUGUAAACCAUGAUGAUAAUCCUGCUGGUAGUUCUGAAGUUCUGAUCAGAAUAAACAAAAGAAAAAGUCCACAAUGGGAGACCACUGAUACAAAUGUAAGAAAAAGGCAUAAGAGACAAUCAUGCAGUGGUGGACAAAUGACAACUUAUUACCCAAAGUACCAAGUAGGGUGA